UGCGCCACACUUUCGCUUUUGUUUGAGAGCCGCAGUUUUUCAAAUGGCGUCUCAAGAAGACUUACAACUUUUGGUGAGGAGAAGCAGCAGCCGUCGUCCAGAAGUGCGCAGAGAAAAAGCCCCAUCUAGUAUGGAAAUGAAGAUAUCAGAGAGAAGAGGCAGCAUGACUCCUCCUCCAAACAUAUCUGAAUUAAGGAUUUGGUUGUUGGGAGAAGACUGGGCUGAUAAGAGUUCAGUGGGAAACUUGCUCUUGGGAAGAAAUGAAUUUGAAACAGAAGCUCCUCUCUCACUCCAUCAGUGUGCUAAACCAGGCAGAGGACAGAUUGAGGAUCAAAGCAUAUCUGUGGUCAUCACACCAAAUCUGUUUAACAGAGAUGUUCCUGCAGAUGAAGUUACUCGGGCACUAACAGAUUGUGAGGCAAUGUCUGCUCCAGGUCCACAUGUACUUCUACUAAUUCUACAACCAGAUACUUCCAAAGAGAAGAUCAAGUAUAUGAGUAACACCAUGAACUCCUGGUCAGAGCACACAAUGAAUUAUACUUUGGUACUGGUGAUGGAGGGAGAGAAAAAAAUCAGUAUUGCUAAAGAGAAAAAACUGACAGAUUUAUUUAAAGAAAAAUGCCACAAAAUAUUGACAGAUCAACACAGUUUAGACACUGACCUAUUUGAAAAAAUCAAGAACUUGGUGAAGGAGAAUGAAUGGAAUUAUCUCAGCUUGGAAAUAUAUGAAUCACCACCAGAGAUGCCAUCAAAGAAAAAAGUGGAGAAAUUUGCCAGAUUUUCAUCGGACGUUAAACACAAAAUUCAAUCAUUUGUGCAAACAUCAUCUCAGAGUACAAGAAACAAAGAAAUGCCCGUUCUCAAUCUGGUGAUGUUUGGUAGUAACCGUUCUGGGAAGACUUUAGCAGUGAACACAAUACUGGGCCUCAGAGAGUCUGCAGAAGUGUCUGAAUUUGAAACCCAUCAUACAUGUGUCAAGAGAGAUGGUGUGAUAUGUGGACACAAGGUCACCCUGGUUGAAAUGCCGAAGCUAAACAAAACAUCUCUGUCUCAGAAGGAUGUGCUGCAUGAGGCAUACCGUGCUCUGUCUUUAUGUUCAUUUAACAUAAACACAUUUCUCCUGGUCCUUACUGUUGAUCCUCUCACUGACGAUGAUAAAGGAGAACUUAAAUUAAUGAGUGACAUAUUUGACACAGCUGAUGGGAAGUUCUGGAAUUGUCUGAUGAUCAUCUUCAUAUAUCAAGGGAACAGACAGGACAAGAUUGUCGAUGAAUUCAUACAUGUAAACAAAGACAUUCAGACAUUACUGAAGAAAUGUGGGAACAAAUAUUACGUACUCAGUGUUAAACAAAGACCUGAUAGUACACAGGUCUCAGAACUGCUGCAGAUGAGCUAUGCAGUUACUUGCUACUCAUUUCCCAUAUAUCUGCAAGCUCAGAUGGACAACAGAAUUCAACUAGAGGCCAGAAUUAAAGAAGUGGAGAAAGAAAUCAGAAUGCUAAAAAAGAUUAAUCAAAAAGCUGAGACUGAGAGAUUAAGCACAAACUGUGUGAGGAUUGUGCUUAUUGGAAAAACUGGAAAUGGGAAAAGUGCCACAGGAAACACUAUACUCAACAGAAAGGCAUUUAAAUCUCAAGCCAGUUUUAAAUCGGUGACAUCCUCUUGUCAGAAGGAAGUGGGGUUUGUUAAUGGACAUGCAGUCACUGUUGUUGAUACACCGGGUCUGUUUGACACACAAGUCCCUACAGAUGAUGUAAAGCAAGAGAUACUGAAGUGCAUCGGUCUCCUCUCUCCAGGACCUCAUGUGUUCUUGCUGGCGCUUAGAAUUGGAAGAUUCACUGCUGAAGAAAAAGAAACUCUGAACCUGAUCAAGGAAACCUUUGGGAAGAACGCUGGAAUGUUUAGCAUCGUAAUAUUCACUCAUGGUGAUCAGCUGCAAGAUCAGACAAUUGAGAGCUGUCUGGAAGAUACAGAUUCACAAAUGAAGAAGCUGAUUAGAGAUUGUGGAGGAAGAUAUCAUGUGAUUGACAAUACAAAACCAGACAAUUCUAAACAAAUCACUGACUUGCUGGAAAAAAUCAACAGUAUGGUUGAAAAGAAUGGAGGAGGGUGUUACACCAAUGAGAUGUUUGAGGAAGCAGAAGCUGCCAUAAAACUAGAAAUGGAAAGAAUAUUACAGAAAAAGAAAGAAGAGAUGGAAAGAGAGAACAAACGUUUAUGUGACAAACACGAGAUGGAGAUGGCAGAGAUGAAGAAAAGAAUAGCAGAACAAAGAGAGUUAAUGGAAAGAGAGAGGAAAGCAAAGGAGGAAGAACUCAGAAUCAAGGAAGAGUUCUUGCGAAAUGAACUUAAGAGAAGAGAUGAACAAGAAGAGAAGGAGAAGAAAGAAAGACAAGAAGCCGAAGACCUAAGAAGAAUAGAAGAGGAGGAUAAACAGGAACUAUGGAAAAGGAAACUACAAGCAAUAGAAGAGAAACGAACAAGAUUAGAAGAAGAACAACAGAAGAGAGACCAGGAAUAUAGAGAGAAGUAUGAGAGAGAGAGGAGAGAAAUGGAGGAACUUCAUAAAAAGAGACUGAGGAGAGAACAUGAGGAAGAAUACCAGAAAAACUUAAAGAGGAGAGGAGUGAAUGGGUGCUGAAAGAAAAGAAAAUGAUUGAAGAAUUUGAACAAGAAAAAAGAAAAAGAGAAGAAAAGGAAAAUGAGAGGAUUGAGGAGGAGCUUAAAGAAAGAGAGAGAAUAGAGCGAGAGUAUGAGAACAGUAAAAUAGGGAUGAGAAA